AUGAAAGGGGGUGGAUUGAGUUUGGAAGCUUAUUGGAGUUUUCAAUGGAGAAGGGUAGAACAAGAGAAGGUGAGACAAACAAGAAAUGGAGACCAAAAUCCAAUUCGUUUAGAAGCAAAGUCUCAUUCUUGGGGUGGAUGGAUUGCACUAGAAGGUCUUCCAUUUCACCGAUGGCAUAUGGAAGUGUUCAACAAGAUUGGGGAUUGUUGUGGAGGUUUUGUCGAGAAGCCAGCUGUUUAUAAAAAUAAGGCCCAAUAUCUAGAGAAAGAGAAGUCCACUCGAAAAAGGCCUCUUGUUGAGCCUUAUGUAAAUGGGCUUGGUCUGGAACUUGGUAAUGAGAAUUUGUCACCAGAUGCUAGGGGAAACCGAAGAGCCACUGAACAACCAAACGAGAAGAAGAAUAAGCUUUCUUGGGAUCACAGGAGAUGUUACGAAGGAGCUAGGAAGGUAAAUCAAAUAGUUGUGUUGAAGAAAGAAGAUGAUGGAUUAAGCCCACUAAGACAUUGGUGGUUUACAUGUGGGAGUGGAAGGCGUAUGACGGGGGAGUUGGAUGAAGGAUUGUUUGAUAUCAAUGAAGUUGCUGGGAAUGCUUCAGGGAGUACUGGCAGGUUAUUUCAAAGUGAAGAAAUGAAAAGCAAUGGCGAACCAGAAAAGGCAAUUGUGAUUCCAAAAGAAAAGAGGUCUAUGAUUCUGGGGCGUCUUCGACGUCAUCUUGGGUUAUCUGGGAUGGGCAAAGGGAUGCAGGCUGGGGAGAAGGGCGAGGUAGGUCAAACUAAUGGUCAGGAAUUGGCAGGGGUGGGUAAUGUUUUUUCUGGUUUUGAGUCGGGGUUAGGGAUGGAAAUGGUGGGUGGGAUGUUUGGGCCUGGGGGGAGAAGUUGGUUAUCAAUGGGAACUGGGGGUCUAUGGGAAUCGAAAAACAACAAAGUUCAAGUCUGUUAG